AUGCACCAUAUGCAGACUUUAAAGCAAAGAAGAGCUGCUUUAGAAGCUGAUCUAGGGGUAUUUAUUGAAGAAAAAGGAUUAAAAGCGAUUAUUGAAGAAGAAAAAGGACUGAGUGAUGAAAGAGAUGAGUUUUCAGAUGGAAUUCGGACUGAAAUAUCAGGGUGCAAAGAAAUUCUUGAAAGUUUAAAAGUCCAAUGAAAUCAUAUAUUUGCUUUGAAAAACCAAGGGAAAAGUGCAGAAGCAAGGAAAAUUUGGAAAGAUAGGAUAGAAACUGUGAGGCAAUUUUUAGAAGAAAUUAAUGCACAUUUUAAAGAAAGAAGUGAAUAUCUAAAAGAAUCGCAAAAUGAUAUUGAGAUGCCAAAUCUGCAGAUAGAUGAAGAAUCACCAGAACCUGAUCAAUUUUUAGAAACUAUUCCUAUUGGAGUUCCAGGGUAUCUUUUAUAUAGAAUUAACACGGAAUCAAUCAAAUCUGAAUACUCAAAAGCUUUAAUCUCCCUUCGUGAGCGAAAAAAAAUUUGUUCGCUCAAGAAGGGGGUUAAUUAUUUUUUUUAAAAUCUAUAUAUAUAAAUUUUAUAGUAAUUUUUUUUCGAAAUUCGAAAUAAUUUUAAAGCAAAUAUUAAUUUUGUAAAAUUUAUGUUUCAAAAUUCAACAGAAUUAGCUAGAGAUUUUAUUAUAAUAUUUCUUAUAUCUUUUAAAUAAAAGUUUUAUAUACCUAUAAAAAAGGGAUUUGUCCAAUGGUUUUUAUUCGCUCACGGAGGGAUGGGGAGUUAGCAAUUGUUAAUGAAACUUUUGAGCUCCAACUUCAACAAAUAGAAGAAGCUGUACAAAAUUGGCCUCAAGACUCUCAUGAAAAAUUUAUGGCUGUUUAUAAACAAUAUAUAGAAAACGGCAAACCACGUGAAAGGUAUAUGGAAAUGCUCAGGUUUCAUUUCCCAACACUUUCGAGGCAGGAGCUUGAAAAUCAUGACAGAGUUGUAGAAAAAAUUAGAUGGAAUAAAAAACAUAGGAAAAAUAUUUUAAAGGAUUGAAUAAGACAUAGGGUUGCUUUAAAAGAGGCUGCAGAAAAUAUGCUGGCAAGCAUUAUGGAUGCAGCUAUAGAAAGAUUUAAUAAAGAAUUAGAAUUUGUGAAGCAGCAAAAACAGCUUGAUAGGCUUGGAAAAGAAAUUGAUGAAAAAAGACCUGAAUACUUGCAGAAACUUGAAGAAAAGCAGAGAAAAGAGCAAGAAUUAAAGCAGAAAGAGCUUGAAGAAAAUCAAAAGAAAAUAGAAAGUAGCAAAAUUCAUCAAGAAAUAAUAAAAAAGCAAGCUGGUGAAUAUAACUUAAGACCCUUUAUAGAUUCUUUAGUAGUAAUGUCUAUUGAAUAGGCAACGAAAAUCCAAUUUUUAUGAAAAGGGCUAAUUAAAAAAUUGAUUAUAAUUUUCAUUUGCCAAUUUUAAAUUGUACUUGUCAGAAAAAUAUAAUUAAAAUAUGGCGUCUUCGUCUGGGUAUGGCCUCUCGGCCAUACAUACUCACCUCAUAUUUUAAUUAUAUCCGGCAAGGUUUUGCCAUUCCGGAAAUGGGCAACAAUGCCACGGUAAGCAAUUCUGCAGAGCAGAGCCUGGCCCAUGCUUAACGACCAGAAUGGAUUUUUUCCUCGAGAGGAAAGGGAGUCCAAGUUUGGAAAGGGUAAGCCCAGCAUGGUCUACAGUCAAUGCCUAGACCAAUCGGGCAACUACCUAGCGUGAAACUGGGAGUUACGUCCCAGGAUUUGGAAUUUCCCUUUUUGCCGAAAGGUGACCAGAAAAUCCAUUUUUGGAAAUUUCGGAAAGCCAACUCUCGUCAACUCAAGCAGCAGCCGCAGAAAUCCAUAGCCCGCCCACUCAAGACUUAAGCCGCAGCACGCUGUGGGAAGGAGUAGACUUAUUUCCUCUUGGCAAAUCUUUAUGGUUUGUUAGGAAUGCGUCGCAAAGCAGGUGAACCUCAAGAUACCGAGGUCCUUGGUGACUGCGUUAACAGUACGGCAGACGCCUAUUAAUGUAUAAGUAAGUAAGUACUUAUCAGAAAAUUGGCAUUUCAUUGCUCCUAAACGAGCAAAAAUAGACGGGAGCUAUACAAAGAAAAAAAGCUAAAAAUUGCAAGCCAAGAAAAAACGCUCAAAGUUCAAAAAGAAAUCCAAGAAAAUUCAAAACAAAAAGAAUUAAUUAUUAAAAACAAGCCAAAAGUAAAUGAAAGACAAGUUAAAGCCAAAAUAAAGCAGCAAGAAAUACAAGAUAAAAAAGAACAGAAAAGGAUUGAGCAGAUUAUUGAUAACCAAAGAAUUGAGGCUGCAGUGCAAGCUUAUUCACAUAUACCGCAGGUUGAGUUAGAUAGAGAAAGAGUACAGCAGAAUACGAAAUCAAAAGAAGCCAAGUUUGUAAAAUAUGAUAAAGCUGACCAGGUCAAAUUAUUCCCACAAACUGGAUUUACCGCAGAAAAUUUGAUGAAAGAUAUGAGAUAUAGGAUUUCAAGCAUGCUUAAUGAUGCUGGGCUUGCCUCUACUGAAUACGGCAAACGUAUCAUAAAUGCUGCACCACCGAUGAGAGAACCAAGAAGGGAUACUGUUGGAACAUUAAAAUUUUAA